ACGAGUUAUUACUUCCGCUAUGGCCGCCUAGUGUUUAGUGAAACAUAAAGAAACAAAGACUGAUUCUUAAUAUUAUAGAUCUAGAAAUUAUAAAUUAUUUUUCCUUUUAAAAUGCAGUCAGGUCCUCCCAGAUACCAGAAUCAAGGACCACCAAUGCGACCGUCCUACCCUCAACAAGGAGGAUAUGUCUCGAGCCCCAGGCCAGGGUUCCCACCCCAGAUGUCUGGAGGAAGAAUGGGUAUGCCAGGUCCUGGUAUGUCACCACACCCAACAUUCACAGGUACACCAGUCAAAACCAAAGAUGCCAGCUGCAACACUGUGACCAAAACCAAAGAUAUCAGCAUUGUGAAGAAAGGCCACAUAUAUAUAGUAAAAACAGGCAUGCCCAGAGCCGGAAUGCCCCCACCACCCCCUGGUGUGAGCAUGGACAGAAAACGCCCUCCCUCUCAAGAAAUCCGUACACCUCAUCAGAUCAAAGCAAAAAGAAAGAAGAAAAUUGCAGAUAAAAUUUUGCCCCAGAGAGUGAGGGAUUUGGUACCAGAAUCUCAAGCAUACAUGGAUUUGCUGGCGUUUGAGAGGAAACUUGACGCAACCAUCAUGCGUAAGAGACUUGAUAUACAAGAAGUUCUCAAAAGGCCAAUGAAACAAAAGCGCAAGCUAAGGAUAUUUAUUUCUAAUACUUUCUUUCCUCCUAAAGAAGUUGAGGAUGGUGAGGAGUCUGUGCCAUCAUGGGAACUUAGGGUUGAAGGUCGACUACUGGAGGAUGCUGCCUCGGCUAGGCUGUGUGACAGCAACAAAGUGAAGAGGAAGUUUUCCUCCUUCUUUAAAUCUCUGGUCAUCGAGUUGGAUAAAGAGCUGUAUGGACUGGACAAUCACUUGGUAGAGUGGCACCGCACCCCCAGCACACAGGAGACUGAUGGCUUUCAGGUGAAGAGACCUGGUGACCAGAACGUCAAGUGCAAAGUUCUACUGAUGCUGGACUAUCAGCCAAUGCAGUUCAAGCUGGACCACCGUCUGGCCAGGUUGCUGGGCAUCCACACACAGACUCGUCCUUUUAUUGUCAAUGCCCUCUGGCAGUACAUCAAGACACACAAGCUGCAGGACUCCAGUGAGAGAGAAUACAUCAACUGUGACAAAUAUUUUGAACAAAUAUUUGAAUGCAAGCGCUUAAAGUUCUCUGAUAUCCCAUCCAAACUUCAGCCGUUAUUAAUGCCCCCAGAUCCUAUCAUCAUCCACCAUGUUGUUACAGUUGAAGGUCCUGAUGCCAAGAAAACAGCUUGCUAUGAUAUUGAUGUUGAUAUUGAUGACACUUUAAAACAGCAGAUGAACGCUUUUGUGAUGUCCACUCAGAACCACACAGAAAUAGCUAACCUUGAUGCCAAAAUUCAUGAAACAGUUGAAAAUAUCAACAUGUUAAAGACACAGCGUGAAUUUUUUCUGGGGUUCGCCAAAGAUCCACAGGAGUUCAUUAGUAAUUUCUUGAUUUCACAGACAAGAGAUCUCAAGACUAUGACAGAUGUGGUAGGAAACCCUGAAGAAGAAAGACGUGCUGAGUAUUUCUAUGAGCCGUGGACUAAUGAAGGUGUCAACAGAUACUUUUACUCUCUGGUCCAACAAAGAAGAAUGGAACUUGAACAAGCACUAAUGAUGAGGAAUGGUGGCAUUUAAUCAGUGUUCUAAAUCUGAUCUGACCGAUUACAUAAUCAUAAUAAUCAUUUUAUACCCAUUUCAUUUACGUCAGUAUGUUGUUUUGAUUAAGUAUUUUUUUUUUUUUAAAUUGGAUGUUGAAUAAAAUCGUGUAUUAUUCUAAGUAAUGUGCAUCUUUAUUUCAUUUUUUUUUCUAGGGCAUAAGAUCUACAUAAUUUUUUUUUUUUGCUUUAACUUUAUUGUCAAUGUCUCCUGAAUUAAAACAAAUUUCAA